AUGCCACCAACGUGGCCAGACGUAGUCGCACUAAUUCGCCAUGUCGUCACACCUCUCAACUCUUCGAACAACAAAGUCCAAUCCAGUUUACUAGAGGGUGAAAGUGAAGUUGAUGCGGCAGCGUCAGACGACCCACUAGUUUCACUUCUAGACAACAACGUUAUCCAAAACGAACGGAUCAGUCAUGGGCUUAAUACAUACAAACCAGUAGACGCUAAUGUCACACAUUCCGAUAAGAAACAUGUUAUGCAGGCGCUGGCGGCUACUCAGUUGGCGGAGGAGGAGGAGGCGCAUAUCCGUUUGGCGGUGGUGGCGGCGGCAACUACGCAGGAGCAGGAGGUCAGUAUUCAGCUCCAGCUCCCUCUUACGCUGGACCAGCACCUAGCUAUGCAGGAGGCGGUGGAGGAGGACCAAGUUACGCAGGUGGAGGCCCAAGCUAUGCUGGUGGAGGCGGAGGCCCAAGCUAUGCCGGUGGAGGCGGAGGACCGAGCUAUGCUGGUGGCGGCGGAGGCCCAAGCUAUGCCGGUGGUGGCGGAGGACAGAGCUAUGCCGGUGGAGGCGGAGGACAAAGCUAUGCUAAAGGAGGAUAUGCUGGCGGAGGUGGAGGAUAUGCUGGCGGAGGAGGAGGAUCAAGUUAUUCCGCAGGAGGAGGAUCAAGCUAUUCUGGAGGAUCAAGCUACUCCGGCGCUAAAGGAGGCUACUCUGGUGGCAAAGGAGAGCGCUGGUGGCGGAUUCGAUAAUGCAAACACAGCAGUUGAAUCGGCUCCCGCUGCAGAGGAGGCCGAAGAAGUAGAGCCUGCUGGAGGAAUCGUAGUGGCAGUUUUGAAGAUAAGUCGGCCAUUAGCUGCGGGUGGAAGGCUACUUGACCAGGAGAUGCCAAUUAUUCAUCAACUUCUUAUGAAUAUGCCAAACGAGAUCCACUUGGAUGCCAUUUUGUCGGAUUCAUUAUAUCUCGCUUCACUUAUGCCACCACUCGCUCUGAAAACAGAGUUCUCCCGGCUGUACAGGCAGCGCGCCCGAGCAAUCAAUCGAAGAUGGGCACCAGUCUCGAGAUACGCUAUCACGAUGGUUGCAGCAGUUGGAAUAGCAGGAGCCGCUUACUACUUUUAA